GUCAUACUUCUAUUUACAGAAUAGUCUUUUAAUUUUUAAACUUUUAUAAUUAUAACCAGUCAACUAUUUUUUUCAGAAAAUACAGUUUUUAUAAACAUAGAAUCACACUUUAAAUUUAUAUAAUAGUCUUUUAAAAAAAUUACUUUAAAGAAAGUCAUAAAUUUAUGAAAAUCUUGUAAAAGUUCAAAGUACGUAAAGUUAAUUAUCAACUUUCGAAAAUAAAAGGUACUUAUUGUAAAAUUUCAAAAUAUUCUUUUUAGAGAUAAAAAAAUAUAAAAAUACAUUGGAGAAACACAUCUCUAUUUUAGAUAGCUAUAUUUUAUAAGUAAAAAUAGAAGAAUAUAUAGGAGAUGAUCUAAUCAAAGGCUCCAUAUCCAACCAGUUAUCAAACCAGAAACUUUCCUCUGCUCCUGUUAUGUCAAUCAAACGGUAGUAACUUUUAGUAUCAAUCAGAGAGAGAAAAUGGGAAUAUGGACAUACGAGCAUCGUACCAUGUUAUUUUCAGUAAAAAAAAGAAGAAAUACGAGCCUCGAAUAUUUGAAAUUGGUCCCAAGUUUGAAAAGUUCAACUAACUUCUCCAACCAAAAUGAAUAAGAAAAGGAAAAAUCAUUAAAGAAGAAUAAGAAACAAAUUAAUUGGGUCGUUGACAAAAUAAUUGAACAAUGAUAUGCAUCUUUCUUCACGAACUUGAAAGAAUAAAAAGAAGAAGCUGCUCGUUGACAUUUGAUGCACGUUCUUGCACGUUUCACGAAAGUUUGACGCAGACAUGCUUCCACGAUUACUGAGAUGCAAGCUAAACACAUAGAAAAAAAUGGUAAGACCCCAGAACCUAUAUAAAGGCAUGCACAGAAGUAAUGUAGAACCAUAAAAACAAAAACAAAAACAAAAACCAACGCAGUGAAGUGUUGUAGAAGCAAUCAAACUGCGAAUGACAUCUUCUCCCGGGAUGGGGCGUUCAGCCCAUCUCGUUUAUGCUCUUGGUUUUGUAAUCAUGGCAACAAUGGUUGCUGCUUCUUAUGAGCCCUACACUUAUAGCUCUCCACCACCACCAAUGUACAAUUCUCCUGCACCGAAAGUUGACUACAACUCUCCACCACCUCCUUACGUAUACAGUUCUCCUCCUCCUCCACCAAUGUAUUCGCCAUCUCCUAAAGUGGACUAUAAAUCCCCACCACCUCCUUACGUCUACAGUUCACCACCACCGCCACACUAUUCACCUUCUCCAAAGGUGGAUUACAAAUCUCCACCACCUCCUUACGUGUAUAGCUCACCACCACCACCAUAUUACUCACCUUCUCCAAAGGUGGACUACAAAUCUCCACCACCUCCUUACGUCUACAGCUCCCCACCACCACCACCAUACAUAUAUAGUUCUCCACCCCCACCACCAUACUACUCACCUUCUCCUAAGGUAGACUACAAGUCUCCACCACCUCCUUACGUCUAUAACUCUCCACCACCGCCCCCUUACGUUUACAACUCACCACCACCACCCCCAUACUACUCACCCUCUCCUAAAGUUGAUUACAAAUCUCCUCCACCACCUUACGUCUACACUUCUCCACCACCACCAUAUUCUUCACCUUCUCCAAAACCCGCAUACAAAUCUCCACCACCACCACCAUAUUACUCACCUUCUCCAAAGAUUGAUUACAAAUCUCCACCACCUCCUUACGUCUACAGCUCUCCACCACCACCAUAUUACUCACCUUCACCAAAACCAAUAUACAAAUCUCCACCCCCACCGUAUGUUUACAGCUCACCACCACCACCAUACUACUCGCCUUCACCCAAACCCAUAUACAAAUCUCCACCCCCACCAUAUGUCUACAGCUCCCCACCACCACCUUAUUACUCUCCGUCACCCAAACCAUCAUACAAGUCUCCACCACCUCCCUAUGUAUACAACUCUCCACCACCACCAUACUACUCUCCUUCUCCUAAACCCACAUACAAAUCGCCACCACCACCAUAUGUCUACAGCUCACCACCACCACCAUAUGUCUACAGCUCACCACCACCACCAUACUACUCGCCUUCACCUAAACCAGCAUACAAAUCUCCACCACCACCAUAUAUCUACAGCUCUCCCCCACCACCAUACUACUCGCCUUCACCCAAGCCCGUAUACAAAUCCCCACCACCGCCAUAUGUCUACAGCUCCCCACCCCCACCUUACUAUUCUCCAUCACCUAAACAUGUAUACAAAUCUCCACCACCUCCGUAUGUCUACAGCUCUCCGCCACCACCAUACUACUCUCCUUCUCCUAAGCCUGCGUACAAAUCUCCUCCACCACCAUAUGUCUACAGUUCUCCUCCACCACCAUACUAUUCUCCUUCCCCUAAGCCCGCAUACAAAUCACCACCACCGCCAUAUGUGUACAGUUCUCCCCCGCCACCAUAUUACUCGCCUUCUCCCAAACCCGCUUACAAAUCUCCACCACCACCAUAUGUAUACAGCUCCCCACCUCCACCUUAUUACUCUCCUUCACCAAAACCUGUAUACAAAUCACCACCACCACCAUAUGUUUACAACUCUCCACCACCACCAUACUAUUCACCAUCACCUAAGGUGGUAUACAAAUCUCCACCACACCCACAUGUUUGUGUCUGUCCACCUCCUCCUCCAUGUUACUCUCAUUCUCCAAAGAUUGAGUACAAAUCUCCUCCAACACCAUAUGUUUACCAUUCUCCACCUCCCCCACCUUAUUACUCGCCUUCACCUAAACAUGCAUACAAAUCCCCACCACCACCGUACGUCUACAGUUCUCCACCACCACCAUACUACUCUCCUACUCCUAAGCAUGCAUACAAAUCACCUCCACCACCAUACGUUUACAGCUCCCCACCACCACCAUACUACUCUCCUUCCCCUAAGCCCACAUACAAAUCUCCUCCACCACCGUAUGUCUAUAGCUCUCCACCCCCACCACCGUAUUACUCCCCUUCUCCAAAGGUUGAGUACAAAUCUCCUCCACCACCAUAUGUUUACAGCUCUCCACCUCCACCACCGUAUUACUCUCCUUCUCCAAAGGUUGAGUACAAAUCUCCUCCACCACCAUAUGUCUACAGCUCUCCUCCCCCACCACCGUAUUAUUCUCCUUCCCCAAAGGUUGAAUACAAAUCUCCCCCACCACCAUAUGUCUACAGCUCUCCACCCCCACCACCAUAUUAUUCUCCUUCUCCAAAGGUUGAGUACAAAUCUCCUCCACCACCAUAUGUUUACAGCUCUCCACCUCCACCACCGUAUUACUCUCCUUCUCCAAAGGUUGAGUACAAAUCUCCUCCACCACCAUAUGUCUACAGCUCUCCUCCCCCACCACCGUAUUAUUCUCCUUCCCCAAAGGUUGAAUACAAAUCUCCCCCACCACCAUAUGUCUACAGCUCCCCACCUCCACCACCAUAUUAUUCUCCUUCUCCAAAGGUUGAGUACAAAUCUCCUCCACCACCAUAUGUUUACAGCUCUCCACCUCCACCACCUUAUUACUCUCCCUCUCCAAAGGUUGAGUACAAAUCUCCUCCACCACCAUAUGUCUACAACUCCCCACCUCCACCACCAUAUUACUCUCCUUCUCCGAAGGUUGAGUACAAAUCGCCACCCCCACCAUAUGUCUACACAUCUCCACCACCACCACCAGCAUACUCUCCAUCUCCAAAGGCCGAAUACAAAUCUCCUCCUCCACCUUCGUAUUAUUAAACUCGUUCUAUACAAUUCAUAAAUAAGAUACCAAGUCUCAUCUGAUGUUUUACUUUUCGUGUGCUAGUCCUUUUUAAUUUCCAAGGUUCGAAUGAAUUAUUUGGCUAUUGAAAUUCCAUUUAAUUUCAUGUUUCCAUUGUCUUUUCUAUGGGUUACAUGGUUGCCUUUAAUCCAUAUGUAAGUUUGUUGCAGUUCUAUGCAUCAUGUUCUUGACCUUAUUGUUUGGGCCAGUAUUAUUACGCUAUCCAGAUUGCCAUAUAAAUUUCCCUGAUAAAUAAAGCUUCUAUGAUAAUUC